AAUCUUCUCGAGAUGAGGUUGCUGCUGCACAUUCGAGACAGCCCGCUUUUACAGUCAUGUGUCGGAGGCAUUCCUGCCCGUCAAAGUGGACCCUGAUUUUCCCCCAGCCUCACAGCCGAGCACGUCACCCUAGAAACACCAGUAUCACAAGGCUUUCCCGGGCAAACGACUUGAACCACAUUCAGCACUGCAGAAAUCGUUCAACUGCCCCAUUCCAGAACACCUCAUCGCCCUUGAAGAGCCCCGGUGCGGCAAGAAAAGAGCCACAAUGUCCGAGUCCGCCCCGCCAAAGUACGUCUACAAGAUCGUCCCUGCGCGCCCGCCGAGCCCGCUGCCCCGCGAGCUGCCGCUGUCCGAGCUCGACGCGGCGGACGGAUUCGUGCACCUGAGCACCGCCCAACAGGUCCCCGGCACGCUGAACCUCUUCUUCAAGAGCACGGCUUCGCUGUACAUCCUGCGCGUCCCGUACGACAAGAUUGGCGCGCAGACAAAGUGGGAGAACACGUUCCCGCACUUGUACGGCAACUUCGGUGCGGACGAGGUCGAGAGCUUUGAAGAGUUCAAGCGCGAGGACGGCGAGGAGAGUUGGGAUAAGGCCGUGGAGAGGCAGAAGGCAUGGUUGAUUUAGUUUGAAAAAAGAAAAAUCGAGGUUGGGAUGUCUGUUGUUAGCUUUGUGCUUGCGGGUAAAGUUGCACACUCUCGUCGGUGCUGUUCAAAAUUUAAUUGAGUGCUAUCGUGUUUCGCGACGCCAUACUGCCCACGGGUGGCCUGGAUCAGAAAGUCCGGGAAGUGGAAGGAGCGCCUGCCACGGCUGGAGUCGUGCCGUCCACAGUCGUGCAGGCGAGCAACAAGAUUGGCAGAGGUCUGUUUGCAGAGCCGCCAAAGCUACGUCAAGUGAUUCCGGGAAAGAAAAAUCGACUUCUUCUUCAUACUAG